AUGCACAUGUUUUGCCCUCGUUUCACUGCCGCUAGCGACUGCGGGAACAGGGUGCAUAAGGGUAGCGGCAUUAUUGUGCGUAGACUAGCGCGUGCAGCCGCCAACGGCAAGACACAUGCCGGUGGGCUGCGGCGGCUAGUGGGUUUCACGCCCGUCGUGAGGGAUUUUGUGCUGGGAGCGCCGUCCUUUUUGACGGCGGCACGAGACUUUGGACACCUGGUGCGUGAGGUGGACCCUCACGGGUUCAAGGGAGACAUCCACGCGCUCCGGCACAAAGACGCGGUAAGCACGCAACGGCACGUGGCGGAUGCCUUAGCCUCCAAGGAGGAGAACAUUAUUUUUUCU